AUGACGCCCAAGGACCCACCACGACGCCGAAGCGCAGCCCUUUACGUCACGCGAACCCCACAGCCGUCCGACAGUUGUCGCUCCUGUCGAUCACGCGGCCCCCUAAGGUCUCGCGAGACUCUGCUCUGGCGUCUCUGGAAGAUUCUACGCCCAGAGCCUAGCGGUAGCGGUAAUCAUGCUGCCGCGAAAAGACAGCAAACUGAAGGCCAGGUGUGGCGUGGGCAUAGGCGCAGCCCGGCCAGACCCAAAGAGUCGGGGGAGCUGCGGGAGGUGGCCCUCUGUGCCCUCUUUUCGGGCGUGCGGUCUCCUCACGGCCCUGCCGGGGCACCGUCCUGGGUCUGGGAGGGGGUGGAGGAGGCGGAACACAAUGAUGAUACGAGCUCUCCUGAUGCAGGAAGGAAUGUUGAGAGCUCUUUCCAGGAUACUGUUGGUGAUGGAAAUGUUCAUGAUAAACACAGUAGAUAUGAGCAUCUGCCCUCAUACCUCAAAGAUGAUGGAAAUACAGCAGUGAGGAAUGUCCACAGGGACUCUCAAAGGCGGUGCACUCCUUAUGAUGUGCAUCGCAACAAGAGGAGAGUGCAAUGGCGCUAUGAUGACCAAAUCCAUAUUACUGUAUGGAGAGAGAAGAAAUCUCUAGAGAGACAAAAUAAUAAGGACACACAGGAUGAAGCCACGGAGAUCUGGUUCAAGGUCUUGGUUCCAUAUGGGAAAAAUUAUGACAAGAAAUGGCUGAUGAACUCAAUCCAGAGCCAUUGCGCUAUCCCCUUCACUCCGGUUGAUUUCCACUAUGUCAAAAAUCAGGCCCGAUUCUUUGUCCAGGAUGCUAGUACUGCUGCUGCAUUGGCAGAAGUCAGCUACAAGAUUUGUGAUAAUGAGGACAAAAAGAUACCUAUCUUUGUCAGCCGCUCUGUUGUACCCUACUCUGUGCAGAAUAAGUUGCAGCCAGAACAAAUGGAGCAGCUAAAGCUGGCCCUGAGCAAGCGAUAUAAUGCUUUCCAGCGAUCUCUUGACCUCCAGAAACUCCGUUUUGACCGAGAUUUGGUAAGGCAUAAUAUUGACAUGAUACUGAAUCGGAGAAACUGCAUGGCUGCUACUCUGGAGGUCAUUCAAAGUGAUUUCUCUGAGCUGGUGUCUUUGAAUUUGAGCAACAACAAACUCUACCAGCUGAAUGGCCUGUGUGACAUUGUUGAGAAGGCCCCCAAAGUCAAGAUCCUGAACCUUUCCGCAAACGAGCUGAGGACAGCAUGGGAAUUGGAGAAGGUGAAAGAGCUGAAUCUGGAAGAGCUGUGGCUGGAAGGGAACCCCUUGUGCAGAACCUUCCCUAACCACGCUGCCUACGUAAGUUCCAUCCGAGAUUGUUUCCCCAAGUUGUUACGCCUGGACGGCAUAGAGUUACCCUUGCCAGUUGGCGUUGACACUAAUGAACUGCAGUUAGUAGAACCCUUCCCGGAACCCCCAAAAGAAACUGAAAUGCUGAAGAGUCUGAUCUUGCGAUUCCUGCAGGAGUAUUUCUUCGUCUAUGACUAUGGAGAUCGCCGGAGUCUCCUUGGUACUUACCACGAGAAGGCCUGCUUCUCCCUGACCAUUCCUUUUGAUCCCAUGGACCCAGUCCCGAGUGGCUUAUGUGAGUAUUUCAAGGACAGCAGGAAUAUGAUGUAUCUCCAGGACCCCUACCUGCGAAGGCAGAUGCUGAAGCACACAAACUGGGACAUUGUGAACACCCUCAGUGUGUUGCCCAGAACUCAACAUGACUUCAUCUCCUUCUCAAUGGACAUGUGGUUCCAGAUGGGAACUGCGCUCUGCUUUUCUGUCAACGGGGUGUUCAAGGGAGGAAGUAAUUCUUGGGAUUCUGCAUUUAUCUUCACCCGGGUCUUCAUCGCUGCUCCUAGCCGCAGUUCUAGUCUGUGCAUCCUGAAUGACCAGCUGUUUGUGAGAGAUGUCAUGCCUGUUAUCCAGAACAGCUCUGUUCUAGGAGCCAUACCUGGCUCUACCACAAUGGCCGACCUGAACCAGCUGCAGCAGAAAAUGGUGCAGGCUUUCUACAUGCAGUCUGGGAUGAAACUCGAGUGGUCUCAGAACUCUUACUCGGAUUGCAUCUGUCCUUCGUACACCGUCCUGUUUGUUCUCCUUCCCGAAGAUGCACUGUGCUGGGAGUCUCAAACCUGCAGUGUGGUGCACGUCAGCCCGUGUGCGCAGUGCAUUCCUCACAGAGCUCAUACUAGGUGCUCCUUGUCCACGCUCUUCACCGAGUACUUUAUGUUGAAUACUUUCUGGAUCCUUAUGUUGGAGUGUGGAUCUCUUCAAAAUAUGGACGGGAAUAGUCGUCAUUACAUAAAGCAUAAUGACAACGUUCUUCUUCACGUGGCGGUGCCAACCGGCCCCACCCCGCGAAGGGAGGGGUCGGUACAAAGAGAACUGGGUCCUGAAAACAGGGUGUGCCGGAAAGGUGGCAGCCCCCUCGCCAGUCAUACCACGCACGUUGGAAGGGAACCCUGCGCUACACCAGGUGUAGGCGGGGUUUGGCACGUGCGGAGCAGCUCCCGCGCUGCCAUCUAUUGA